CAAUCUCGACAAACCCCAACGACAACAGAGUAUUUAAGACUUUGGCGGGAAUCUUAACUUCCAAUUAAACGAUCAUUUCGAACGAAUAUUCGAUCCUUAAUUAUCAUUGAGGAAUAUUAAACCCAAGUGAACUAUUUUUUUUAUUUCGAAAAAAAAAAAGACAACAAAUCUUGAGUCAUUUUUUCAUAUCGAUAAAUUAAAAAGAAAAUAAAAAGAUGAAUAAAUUAUUGGUAUUUUUAUCAAAUGCAUUGAUCAUUUAUCCAAUGUUAACUUUUGCAAUACCAAUUUAUGAAAGACAAUCAGUAUCAUGGCAAGAUGGUUCAAUUGUUCAAUCACCAUGUGGAUCAGAUGAUCCAUGCUGGGGAUAUUUAGCAUCUGUACCUGUUCAUAGAAAUAAUGUCGAGGACAUUAUGCACGAGGAUCCUAAUUUUUUAAUGCAAGCACAAAGGCGACCUAAUAUUGGAGAAAAUGUUGAUGUAUUAGGAGGUGACGAGUCAUCAUCAGCCAUACGACAAAUAACAAAUAAACCAGUUGUUAAAAAAGAUGUUUUUUUAUCACGUAGUUGGGGUGCUGGUGGUAUGCCAUUUUCUGUUCUUUAUAUGAAUCCACAUGGAACUCGUCAAACUCAUCAAUCAUCAGAUGCUUCAAAGCAAACGAAUGAAUCAAUUAGAAAAACAGUUGAUACAACGUUACCAGUUGUGCCACAAAAAAAUCGUGUUGCUGUUAGAAAUGCCGGUUCAAAUCAGCCAAGAAAACAAUAUUCAAUUAUUCCACAAUUAUUUAUAUCAUAUGGCUGGGGUCCACUUGGUAAAUAAUCAUAAAUAUUCAAAUUUAAUAAAUAUUCAAAUUUGAGUUCAUCAUGUCAUGUUUGAUGUCAUUUUUUUCUCGCGGUGUAACUCAAAGUGUAUUAAAGACAAAAAAAAAAAAAAUAACGAAAAUCGAAUAAAUAAGUAUUUAUGUGGUCGUCAUUAAUUUAUAAAUGUAAAUCAUUCAAUGUAAGAUUAAAUUAUUUCAAUUUGUUUUUUCUUUUUGUUUUUUUUUUUUUUUUUUCAAACAAUAUGAAGAAAAAAAAAAUAUUUUUGUUAAUUUAUUUAAUGUUAGGAUAAUGUUGAGCGUAAUGGACCAAUAAAAAUGUGCAAACGUAAAUGAAAAGUAAUAAGAAAAUAAUUAAAUUAAUAAAAAAUAAACUCACCGUUCAUUUCUUU